UAGCUGCAGCUACCUAUCCAACAAAAGAAGAAAAUGCAUCAGCGAGGGAGGCUGGUGACUGACUGGCUGCAUCUACAUGGAUUGAUUGAAGGGAGAAGUGACUCUGCAGAUUGGGCAAAGGGGGAAGCAACCGUCACUUCCCACCUUUCUACGUCUCUGGACCUAAACAAACAAGGGGUUCUCAGCACUCAGGAAAAGAGAAAAAAGAAGAAAGGUGGAAGAGAAAAAAAAUUUCAAAUACAAUUCACAUACAAUUCAUAUCUAAUUGAUAUUCAGAGCACAAAAAGAGAGAAAAAAGGGGGAGAAAGGAGAUUUUUGAAAAAAGAUAGUUCCUGCAGAGAAACCGGUAGUGGAGCAGCGAAAAAAAAAAGAGUUGGGAGAGAUCCCAGAGGUUUGGGGAGAACAAAACAAAAGCUGCGAUCAAAGGGGAAAUGGGCAUCACAAGAGAAAGGGGCAUCAAGAGGAAAAAAAAUGCAAGCAUAUGAAUCAAAAUUAUCGUCAUCUCAAUCAAAAGAUAUAUCAAGUAAUGAUUCCUUAGCUUAUGUUUUCGAAGUCAAGAACAUUGUGGAUAUAUUAAGGGUUUAGGUAUGAGACCUUGCCUAUCUAAAGUGUUUGGCUUCAAUGCUCAUUCAUAAAGUGGGACAUCUUCAAGUUUUCCUUCAUAUACACAGUUACAAAACCAGGUUGGUAACUUUUUUUUAUCACAAUUUGUUUUUAUUAUUACAAUCUGAAUAACCCCUUCUUCUGCUAGCUCUGAAUGUGAUGUCAUGCCAGGAGCUUGUCUCUGGUCUUGAAUGCUUGAGCCAGAGCUAGCGGACUACCAAAAGUAUAAAUAAACCCAAAUAAACAAUGGAAUCCAAGACCAUUUGCAAAACCAAUCAUGGUAGAUAGAAGAACCAUGCCAGCUAAGAAUAAUAGGGUAAAUAAACAUAAAAAAUUCAUUACCAUAGAAGACAAAUAUGAGAUUGUCAUUAUUCAAAUAGUUUGUAUUCAUUUCAACCUCAUGGGUUUAAAUAGGUAUGAAGUAAACUUAAAUCCACCAAGAUGAUAACAAUUUAUAAGCAUUUCACCUGCUAUUUCAAUAAACUCUCUUAUGACGUUUCUACUUUGAUCACAUCAAACAAAAAACACAAGCAAGCAACAUGGUGUAACAAAUAAUCGUUUACAAUCUUGAUGAACUACAUUUUGUUACAAAAAGUAAAACCCUUUUGUUUUGACAAUCAAAUUUCAAGUAAAAUCACAAGAACUGUCUUCAUCUCUGUCAUAAUACACUUGCCAUUUAAACUAGUUGCUCUUUUAGAAAAUUUUGAAUUCAAUAUUUUCACACUCCAAUUAACUUAUCAUACACAAAAACCACUUUACAAUAAAUGCUCAUAAUUGAAAGCUUAAUUAUGAAGGGAAGAUUAUAGUACCUUCUUUUGGUGCUAAUUCUUAGGAGAUCAACCUUAGUUUGUGAAGUUUGUUACUCAAUGGCAAGAGAAGCCCUGGUGCUGCCACAUUUGGGAAACAGUGAAGUUAUGAUUUUGAAAGAUAGCAACAACACAUAAGAGCAAAGGGUCUCCAUUUCAUAAUUUCAAUAGCCACUACAUUGUGAUAGAUAGCUAAAUAGAUAAAUAGCAUAAUGUAUGAAUAUGAGUAGUAUGAACAAAAAAUAUAUGAUUUGAUCUCUUAGAUAAACAAAGAGAUAUGAUAUGGUCCUACCCUAGCCAAUGCAAGUAGCUCAUUAUGUAUUCCUCUACAGUAAAAGAGAGCUUGCCCAUCAUUGCAUGUGAUUGUUAGUACCUCUCAAGUUGUAGUCAUCUAGGUUAUGUUACUUUAUUAAUUGGAUUAAUUUUGUUUUAAAAUAGGUUUUUUUCAUUAACAUCAUAAGUUAAUGAAAUGAAGACAAUGAUAACUUUCUUUGUACAAACUAUCAAGAAGAAUU